CCAGUUAUUAACUAAAAGAAGGAACAUACAAUAGACUUACAUAGUAUAAACUACGUACAGAGCAUCGUUCUUCUUGAUGCCGGCGAACGCAGAACUACAAAUUCCGAUCGGAACAGCUACGGCAGCGGCAACAUCGACUCUGUCUCCCGAUGGUGAUGGCGGCCUGUGAUGGUGUCUCAGGAGGACUACGGUGGAAACAACAGUCUGGUUCUGCGGGACUUCUUCUUCUCCGGCGCUGUAUCAGUAGCGGAUCCGGCGCUGUAUUAGUAGCGGCUCCGGCGAAGACAACGACACGACAUUCAGUUUCCCCCUCCUCCGGCUUGUGUGGAAGUCGUCAGACGGUCGGUGCACAGUCCGGCAUAGUACUCCAGCGUUGGUCCCUCGAAGAAAAUCCCAGCAAUGAUUCUUCCUUCUCCGGCGGCGCAACUGGUUCUUUCUCCGGCGAAUUUCCCCCCUUCUCUCACGUUCUCUUUUCUUCUUUUCUUUUUGCAACGCAGAUGCAAUCGUUCAGCAGUUUCAGUUUGGUGACGGCAACUGCGGCCUCUCUUCUUCCUCCGGCGUAGACCACACCGACGACGUUCAUCCGUUUCUCUCCUUUCUUCCUAUGUUUUGCGACACCGGCCGAAGAUUUAUGGAGAAGCUUCGUUGCUUUGGUGUUCCGUGAUAGAUGAAAAAGCAGGUGUUGCUUGUAUAUGCUGCAGGUGUGUUAGAAAAUAGAAGAGGUUGUUGGUUGUAUGAGUAGAAUAAGUGAUUUUAGUGAGGUGUAAUGUAGAUGAUGUGUAUUAGAGGAAAAGCUCUUGUCUCUAGAAAAGUAGCAUUGUAUUGAUGUUUCUUGGUUUUGCUUGGUUUGCAAAUGAGUACAAUGACUCCUAUUUAUAGGAGCUAGAGGAUCAUUCUAGAUCCUUAUUAAAUGCUAUGAUUCUAGAGUAUUCUAC